AUGGGUGAACAGUACAAGAGAGUAUAUUGCAUUAUGCUCGAAUGGCAAGAGAGUGAUAUUAAGAAAUCGCUGGACCAAGAACUUGACGAUCUCCACAAAACCCUUCGAAUCGAAUACAAUUUCUCAGUCGUCAGAAUCGGCAUCCCCUCCAAGAGCCCCGAGGACACUGUCGACAAGUAUCUGGCCGCGUUCUACAGAGCAAUCGAUGGCACCAGCGGACUCAAGGACAUGCCAAUACUCGUCAUUCUGUUUUACAGUGGCCAUGGUUGUGAGGUGCCGCCAAGUCAAUCCAACAAGGAGUUCUCCAUCGCAGGCUACCGCGAACUAGACUGGAAAAAGCUGGAACGGCGAUUCAUUGAACACUCAAUGUACGACCACCUUCUCCUAAUCGAUGCUUGUUACGCCGGAAAUGCCGUGCCGCGCGGGUCGUUCGUCGGCCUGGAUCCCACUCAAUACCCGCAAUUUUCGGACCUGGCAAACGGCGUCAACAGGGUCAAUCAGUUCACGCGUCUGCAUGCCCUCACCGCUGCCGACCAGGAGGUUGAGGCUUACACCGGCUCGAAGUCGUUCACUCGUUGUCUUGACAAGGCACUACAGGACCAUCUCGCGCUUGGGACGCCUUUUGAUGUGGCAAGCUUGUUCAGCACCAUGAGCCACGUCCAAACGGCGGGAAGUGUUGUUGCUCCAAACACGCGUUGGAUGCAUUUCCCGGUCAGUCCUCUGGCGAUCAGCGGUCCUCACAUACUCAUUGGAAGGCUGUCAAAGACCCCUCUGACUUUUCAACGGACUGGUACCCAUGGGUUGUCGGCAUUGCAAAAACAGAGCGACAGGCGGGUUGGAGCACCGGAGAGUAACGAAUAA